CAAUUAUCUCGCUUUUGUGUGAGGCCCAAGGAUCACUCAUGCUGCCAGGCUGCACAGAGCACUGUUGGAUCUAGCUGAACGAAUUGUUUUCCCUGUCUCUGUGUACAUGGCACAAAGGAAUGGAAAUAUAACUCCUACUCUUCUCAGAUGUUUCAAUGCGAUAUUAUUAAUGAUGUGAAACUUUAGCUCAAAGUUACGGAGUCUCAGAUAUUUUCCUUCUCCAAAGAAUAAAACUACCUGGUCUCACUACUUAUCUACCUACCUCCUACCUAUGAAUCCAUCUGAUCAACCCAUCUAAUUGUUGACCUAUCCAAACAUCCACCCUUUGCUUUGUUGCUCAAAAUACAUGAGUGUAUCAACAUUUUCUGUACAGGACAGAUUAUGACAGCUUCUUUCUUAAGAUUUUCAUUAUGCACUCAGGCCAUAGCUUCCUAAUCAAUAAAGUAAUUCCUACCAUGGGAGAAUGAAAAGGAGGAGAGACUGAAAGGUAUGGAACAGUAUUCAUUCAUUUCUUAUGAUGUUUGCAACAAAAUUUACUUGAUAAGAUUAUCAUCACACAAAUGCAGUAUAGAAUGCUUAAAUUUUAUCAAAUGAAGCAUAUUUUUGAAAUACUGGAUAAAAUGAGAUGCCUGCGAAAACGUUCCACAGUGUCAUUUUUGGGAGUUCUUGUCAUUUUCCUUCUCUUUAUGAACUUGUACAUUGAAGACAGCUAUGUUCUGGAAGGAGACAAACAGCUUAUAAGGGAAACAUCCACACAUCAGCUGAAUUCAGAACGCUAUGUGCAUACUUUCAAAGAUUUAUCGAAUUUCUCAGGAGCCAUCAAUGUCACAUAUCGCUACUUAGCUGCCACACCUUUACAAAGAAAGCGGUUUCUUACCAUUGGACUGUCGUCAGUGAAACGAAAAAAAGGAAACUAUUUACUUGAGACAAUCAAGUCAAUUUUUGAGCAGUCCAGCUACGAAGAGCUGAAGGAAAUUUCAGUGGUGGUUCAUCUAGCAGACUUUAAUUCAUCCUGGCGUGAGGUCAUAGUCCAGGAUAUUACACAGAAAUUUGCCCACCAUAUUAUUGCAGGAAGAUUAGUAGUUAUACAUGCUCCAGAGGAAUAUUACCCAAUCCUGGAUGGCCUUAAAAGAAAUUACAAUGAUCCAGAAGACAGAGUCAGAUUUCGUUCCAAGCAAAAUGUAGAUUAUGCUUUUCUGCUUAAUUUUUGUGCCAAUACAUCAGACUAUUAUGUAAUGCUUGAAGAUGAUGUUCGAUGUUCAAAAAAUUUCUUAACUGCCAUCAAGAAAGUCAUUACAUCCCUUGAAGGAACCUACUGGGUAACUCUUGAGUUCUCUAAGCUUGGCUACAUUGGAAAACUUUAUCAUUCUCAUGAUCUCCCACGUUUGGCACACUUUUUAUUAAUGUUUUAUCAAGAAAUGCCUUGUGAUUGGCUACUGACUCAUUUUCGGGGUCUUUUAGCUCAGAAAAAUGUGAUCCGUUUCAAACCAUCUCUCUUUCAGCACAUGGGUUAUUAUUCAUCAUAUAAAGGGACUGAGAAUAAGCUGAAGGAUGAUGAUUUUGAAGAAGAGUCAUUUGACAUCCCCGAUAACCCUCCUGCAAAUCUGUAUACCAACAUGAAUGUUUUUGAAAAUUAUGAAGCAAGCAAGGCUUAUAGUAGUGUCGAUGAGUACUUUUGGGGAAAACCACCUUCAGCAGGAGACGUCUUUGUGAUUAUAUUUGAAAAUCCAAUUUUAAUUAAAAAAAUUAAAGUGAGUACUGGAACAGAAGAUCGGCAAAAUGACAUUUUGCAUCAUGGAGCCCUAGAUGUUGGGGAAAACGUUAUAGAUUUCAAACAAAGUAGACAAUGUGUUACUUACUUAAGACUAGGGGAAUUCAAAAAUGGAAACUUUGAAAUGUCAGAGGUGAAUCAAAAAAUUCCAUUUGAUAUACAUUGUAUAAGGAUAUAUGUUACCAAGACACAAAAGGAAUGGCUGAUUAUUAGGAGUAUUAGCAUUUGGACUUUUUAGCCAAUUAAACCAAGAGGUCCAGUUCCUAAAACAGGCUUUCCUGUUUCCUUUUUUGCUACCUUCCUCUUUUGCUACUUUUGUCCUUUGGAGGGAAGGCAAUGGAUGAGACAUUUUAAAAGAAAAGCCUAAGCAUUUUUGCAGUUUUGAUUUGCAUAUUGUCAACAUAAUUUUACUCUAAUACACACUUUUUAUUUUAACUUCUGAA